AUGCGCAAAUCUGAAUCCGGAACGUCGUGGAGUCGGCUGUCCUCGUCGACGUCGUCGAUCCGCGGCUCCAACUACACGCCGAGCCGCAGUUAUGGUAGCAGCCUCUCCUCCUACCGCUACACUCCGUCCUACACGUCACCCCAGAGCUACAGUACCCCGUAUGGGGGCGGAAGCGGAUCGGCGACAGCUGAUAGAUCAUUGACCCGCUCCUCUACCACGCACUCGGCUACGAGCCGCUCCUUAACGCGAUCCGAGUCCGGCGGACUGUCCAGUGGAUUGGGGCGGACUACGUCGAGCACUGUCACACCUUCGUAUCAUAGCUCCCGCUACUCCUCCUCCGCGUCGAGCACCAGGACGCCAUACUCCUCUUCCACCUACAGUACUCCAUCAUCAUAUCAACGCGAUUCGUCGUUCAGCCGGAAUGCUCCGGAAAGGGAGUCGUACGCCUCGAGGACGCUGGAGAGGACCCGGGACACCUCGUAUGCGGGCCAGGCGAGCAUGAGCCAGUCGACGGACGUGCAGAGCAUUCUGAACAGCCCGAAGACCGUGUCGGCCAAGGACCACCUCGGCAGGCCGAGGGCUUCGUCUCAGAUUAUCACAUCCGGCUAUAGGUGGGAGGACAAGUGGGAGCGCGAGUCGGCGCUCAGGCAGUUGAGCCCCAGGAGAGCGGAAGGAAUCGAGGAGAAAGCCUUAAACGGCAACCUGCGCAGCUCGACGACGCUCGACAACCUGCACCUGAAGGGGUGGAGGGACGAGGAGGAGGAGGCGACGAGGGCCGCCUCCAAAAUUCCGCAACCACCCGCCCUGCCACAGUAUCUGCACGGAACGACGCCCGCGACGCGUGCCGCUCCCGCAGAGGCGGAAGCGCUAAAGGGAGCUGUUGCUCGGUCCCCGUCUCCGCCAGCUCGUUCGUACCUGAAGAAAGAGGUCGUCCACCGCGACCUCGUCGCCGAGUACACACGAAAACCCACGGCAAAGGUGUCCCCGUACGCGGAGAGCGGUCACGUCGUCGAGCCCGGGUUUACUGGGCUCAGGAAUUUGGGCAAUACGUGUUUUAUGAACGCUACGCUGCAGAUGCUGGUCAACUGCGCGGAGUUGAAGGCCUACUUCCUCAGCGACCUCUACAAGCAGGACGUCAACGAGCACAACGUGCUUGGAUUUGGGGGUCGCCUCGCCCGCGCGUUCGCCCAGUUCCUCCAACAAAUGUGGUCGUGCUCCUCAAAAACUGUCGAGCCACAGCAGAUCAAGGAAAUUGUGGCCGAGAAAGCGUCGCAAUUCGCCAACUACGCCCAACAUGAUGCCCAGGAAUUCUUGUGCUUUCUGAUUGAUGGGCUGCACGAGGAUCUGAAUCGCUGCAGAACCAAGAUGGUGACGUCGCAGGUGGAGGCGGAUGGGAGGCCGGAUAGAGAGGUCUCCGCCGAAGCGUGGCGCUCGUAUCUACUCCGGAACAAUUCGCUGAUCGUCGACCUGUUUCACGGACAACUGAAGUCCCGUUUGGAGUGUCCAAAAUGCAGUCGAGUUUCCAUCACGUUCGAUCCAUUUUUGUACUUGGCCGUGCCGUUUCCGAAGAAGAAGAAAAGCGUCAAGGUGCACUUCUGGCCUCUCGACCCGUGCCUUCGCCCAUUCCUCGUCCCCGUUUCCUUUUCCCCUGAGGGUACUGUAGCCGACUUCUUGGCCGCCGUCGGCGAGGUGGUCAAGCAGCCCGGAAAGCAGUUGCGGCUCCUCGAAAUCGUGCAACACCGCAUCCACAAGGUCUACACAAAUUCCGAGGCGACCAAUUUGCUGAAUGCCAACGAUUUGUUAUACGUGUUCCAAGUCCACGACGCGAGCGACUGGAAUGAAGAGGUAGUGGAAAUCUAUGCCGUGCAGCGCCAGUUGUAUGCCCAUUCGUUAAAAUACAUCUGCAACACCUGCGGGUCCACCGAAGACAAGCUGAAGGCCUGCGAAGCCUGCUACAACGCUUGGUAUUGUGAUCAAGAUUGUCAGCUGAAAGACUGGAACGACGGAAACCACAAGACCGAGUGCGGCCGUCGGCCGAUCAUCGAUGCAGUCGGGCUCCCGAUGCUGAUCUCGCUGCCCCGUUCUCAUUUGACGUACGCGCACUUGGCGAGGGUUUUGGACGCAAGGAGCAGGCAUUCGAUCAACGUCUUCCUGCCCCCACAGCUCAAUAAGGACCCCGGUCACGAGGGCGAGCUUUCCCCGGCGCCAGGAGAAUCCGGUCUGCAAAACGGCGGCCCGUCAAGCGAGGCCCUGAUUCCAAAUGGGCUGGAUAAAAAAUCCCUCUCCCCGUCAGCAAGCAGUUCGGGAAGCGAAUUGCGCCGCCAGGUCAUGCCCGCUCCCAGGAAAAAGGCGCCACCGGCCCUGUUUGUGCUAAAAAAGAUUCGGUCGCAAAACUCGAGCGUCGGGGAUACGAUUCGGGAGACGACAGAAGAAGCCAUCCUCGAUUUGCCCACCGGCUCCUACGUCUCGAUCAACUGGGUGAACAUCAAGAACGGGAAGCCGUUCGUUGAGGUGGAGGACAAAGCCUCAUUGGCUCUUGACGAGGCCCUGACCGCCAAAUACGCCCCGUCAACAACAAGCCGAAACACCGAUGGAGAUCCCAGCCUGGAAGACAUGAUCCAAAUGUUCUCCGAGACCGAGAGGCUAAAACCGGAAGAAUCUUGGUACUGUAGCCGGUGCAAGGACCAUGUCGAAGCGACGAAGAAGUUGGAGUUGUACAGGCUGCCGCCGGUCAUCAUCAUUCAAUUGAAGAGAUUUGUGUAUACUGCUUCUGCCUACGCAACAUCGUCGCAUCGCAGGUCAAAGGACGACAGAAGGGUCGAAUACCCGCUGGCCGGGCUCGAUUUAGCUCCGUAUUUGGCUGAGGGAGCGGAUGUUGGGCAGAAUACGGUGUACGAUUUGACGGGUGUCGUCUGUCACUCUGGCACUUCCUACUUUGGCCACUAUGUAUCCAUUGGCAGGUUGCCAGGAAUCGAUGGCAGAACCACACAAAUUGAUUGGCGUACCUUCGACGACUCUACAGUAACGCAGUGCCGACAGCCGGAAGUGCAGAGUAGCGAGGCGUACCUGCUAUUUUACAAGCAACGCGGGACGGCGACUCGCGAUUUGUUCCGCGAGCAUUAUAAAUGCGACCCAGUGGAGGAUCAAGCCCCAUUCGUCGGGGGCAGACUG